AUGGCACCAAAGCGCGGUGGAAAAGCACCAGUUGCAGCUGCUAAGAAGAAGCAGCCAGAGAAAGUGGUGAACCCGCUUUUCGAGAAGAGGCCAAAACAAUUCGGGAUCGGUGGUGCUUUGCCUCCUAAGAGGGAUUUGACACGGUUUGUGAAAUGGCCUAAGGAAGUUCAAAUCCAGAGGAAGAAGAGGAUCCUCAAGCAGAGGUUGAAGGUUCCACCUGCGCUCAACCAGUUCACCAAGACACUUGAUAAAAACCUUGCCACAAACCUAUUUAAGAUGCUCCUUAAGUAUAGGCCUGAGGACAAAGCUGAGAAGAAGGAGCGUCUACUGAAAAGAGCUCAAGCUGAAUCCGAGGGCAAAACCGUUGAGACAAAGAAACCUAUUAAUGUGAAAUAUGGUCUCAACCAUGUUACAUAUCUUAUUGAGCAGAACAAGGCACAACUUGUUGUGAUUGCUCAUGAUGUCGACCCAAUUGAGCUUGUUGUAUGGCUCCCUGCUUUGUGCAGGAAGAUGGAAAUUCCUUAUUGCAUUGUCAAGGGCAAAGCACGCCUGGGAACAAUUGUUCACAAGAAAACUGCUGCAGUUUUGUGCUUGACAACUGUCAAGAAUGAAGACAAAAUGGAAUUCAGCAGAAUCCUAGAAGCCAUUAAGGCAAACUUCAAUGACAAGUAUGAAGAAUACAGGAAGAAGUGGGGUGGAGGUAUCAUGGGUUCCAAAUCUCAAGCAAAAACCAAGGCGAAGGAGAGACUCGUUGCCAAGGAAGCUGCACAAAGAAUGACCUAG